GGCCCAGAACCAGAAUCAGGUCAGCAGCCCCAUUCAUUUCAUUUGUCCCAAACCUCGAACCCGCUCUGCCUCCUUUCUCUCCACUUUUCCAUCAAUAUGAACCAGCAGCAGCCCAGCGACACCCUCCCAGAUGCCUGGGACUACAAGGGCCGCUCCGCCGCCCGCUCCAAAACCGGCGGCUGGACCAGCGCCGCCAUGAUUCUCGGCGGGGAGGCGUGCGAGAGGCUGACGACGCUGGGGAUCGCCGUGAACCUGGUGACUUACCUCACCGGAACUAUGCAUUUGGGCAAUGCCACCUCCGCCAACACCGUCACCAACUUCCUCGGAACCUCCUUCAUGCUCUGCCUCCUCGGCGGCUUCAUCGCCGACACUUUCCUCGGCAGGUACCUGACCAUUGCCAUCUUUGCAACCGUUCAAGCCACGGGCAUAACAGUUCUGACGAUCUCAACAAUAGUCCCAUCCCUCCGCCCGCCGAAAUGCGAGAAAAACGACACCGUCUGCGUCCCGGCGGACAACACACAGCUCCUUGUCCUCUACCUAGCAUUGUACAUGACAGCUCUGGGUACGGGCGGGCUGAAAUCCAGCGUGUCCGGUUUCGGGUCGGACCAGUUCGACGACUCGGACCCCAAGGAGAAAAAACAGAUGACCAAAUUCUUCAACUGGUUCUUCUUCCUCAUCAACCUCGGCUCGCUGCUGGCGGUGACGGUGCUCGUCUACAUCCAGGACCACGUGGGCCGGCGCUACGGCUACGGGAUCUGCGCCUGCGCCAUCUUGACGGCCCUGUUCGUGUUCCUCUCCGGGACCAGGCGGUACCGUUUCAAGCGGCUGGCGGGGAGCCCGCUGACGCAGAUCGCGGCGGUGUACGUCGGCGCGUGGAGGAAGAGAGGCCUCGAGCUGCCGUCGGAUCCGGCGGCGCUGUAUAACGGGGAGGAUAUUGAGGAAGGGAGCAAGAAGAAGAAGGCUAAGCUCCCCCACAGCAAGCAGUUCAGGUUUCUGGACAGGGCAGCAAUCAAGGACACGGACUCCACCGCCACGUCAGCAAACAAGUGGAAUCUCUCAACCCUAACCGACGUGGAGGAGGUGAAAAUGGUGAUCCGAAUGCUCCCAAUCUGGGCCACCACCAUCAUCUUCUGGACCGUGUACGCCCAGAUGACCACCUUCUCCGUCUCCCAGGCCACCACCAUGGACCGCCGCAUCGGCUCCUUCGAGAUCCCCGCCGCCUCCCUCACCGUCUUCUUCGUCGGCAGCAUCCUCCUCACCGUCCCCGUCUACGACCGCGCCAUCGUGCCCCUCGCCCGCCGCCUCCUCCGCAACCCGCAGGGGCUCACCCCGCUCCAGCGCAUCGGUGUGGGCCUGGUCUUCUCCAUCGUCGCCAUGGUCCUCGCGGCCCUGACCGAGCUCAAGCGGAUCCGGACGGCCCAGGCCCACGGCCUGCUCGACCAGCCCAACGCCACGGUCCCGCUCAGCGUCUUCUGGCUGGUCCCGCAGUUUUUCUUCGUGGGGUCGGGGGAGGCGUUUACGUACAUCGGCCAGCUGGAUUUUUUCCUGAGGGAGUGUCCCAAAGGGAUGAAGACCAUGAGCACCGGUUUGUUUUUGAGCACGCUGUCGCUGGGCUUCUUCAUGAGCUCGUCGUUGGUGUCGAUUGUGCACAAGGUGACGAUCAAGAGCCCGUGGCUGGCGGAUAAUAUGAACCGAGGGAGGCUGUUCGAUUUCUACUGGCUGCUGGCGAUAUUGAGCGGGUUGAAUCUGUUGAUGUAUUUGGUUUGCGCGAGGUGGUAUGUGUACAAGGAGAAGAGGAUGGCGGAGGAAGGGUUCGAGAUGGAGGAUAUGGACGAUGAGCCCGUUAUGCAUUGACGUGGCCCGUGGGGGAAAAAAAAUGAAGUAUACUUGGUUUUGGGCUCGAUCAAUUUGGGCCGUAACUUUUCGGGGGGGUUUUUUUUUUGGGUUUUGGGUUUGGGGGCGGAGGGUGUGGGCCGUGGGGUUUCUGUAUGUAGAUUAUAUAGCUUUGUAGGGCCUUUUACUUUGGCCUCUCUCUCUCUUCCCUUUAUUUUGACCUCCUAAAUAAGGUUUGGAAGAUUUCGAUGUUGUACAGAAAAAGGAAAAUGAUCAUGUUCCUUGAAUGAUCAUGACAAUGUUAGUGCGUGUUGGUCAGUCACUACUUGUAUAAGUUGCGAAAGUUUCACGGUUAAAUGUUUGUGUCUCCAUUAUGGUACCCUAUCCUCCAAUUAUGUCUAUACAAAUUUUUAUCAAAUUCAAAA